GAUGCUAUUUCUAGAAUGGGUGAAUCACGAUUCUAUUUGAAUAAGAAACAAGUUUUUAGUAUUUAUAGCUGUAGUUGUACUUAUUCUAGCUUCAUUAUGGAGGGUAUGAUGGUUUCAAGCAUGCAUGAUAUGAAUAUGAGCAGUCACGAUCAUAUGAAUAUGAGCGAUCAUAACCAUAUGAAUAUGAGUGGUAAUAAUCAUAUGAAUAUGAGCGGGCAUAAUCAUAUGAAUAUGAGCGGGCAUGAUCAUAUGAAUAUGAGCGGGCAUGAUCAUAUGAAUAUGAGUGGGCAUGAUCAUAUGACUGGUGCGGCAAUGGGACACGCAGCAGGUUCAGGGCAUGGCGAUAUGUAUUUUCAAUUCGUUCUUCCAGUUCGGGUUUUGUUCUUUGGAUGGAACAUAACUACUCAAGGACAACUCGCAGGUUCCUGCAUUGGGGUAUUCAUCUUUUCAUUGCUUUAUGAAGGUUUGAAGUUGCUGAGAAAAUAUAUUUUGAAAAUUUCGGGUCCGAAGCGUUCUCCUGGAACGGAUGAGAAAAGUUCUGAGUCUAGCUUCAAUCACAACAAACGUGGUAUCUUACCUUUAAUGUUCAACGGUUGGCAUAUUCUUCAAAGUGUCCUGCAAGUGAUACAAACCACACUUGGUAUGUUCCUCAUGUUAAUCUACAUGACAUACAACGUCUGGCUGGCCAUCUCAGUCUCUCUUGGAUCAGGAGUUGGCUACUUCUUGUUUUCUUGGAGUUUACAACACCUGGACAUUAUAGAUGACCAUUGCAACUAACCAACUAAGUUAUUAAAUGAACAGCUGUACAUUUUUCUGUCCGGCAUAAUCUCGUGCACGUUGUACAGUAUUAUUGAUUGACAUCGCCCCAUUGUACAUUCCACUAUAACACUUGGUCUUAAUUAACUAACCGACGCUGAUAUUCUUGUGGUCUACCUUAAUACAUAGUAGAGUGGGGUAAGAUGGGACACCUUUAGCACAUAACAUCCAAAUAUCCUGACCGUGUUUUAAACAAGUAAUAUCAGUCUACGAAAGUCGUAAAGAUACGGUUUUAUAUUCCUUUAAAAAAAUUUGUUCACUACCAAAUGGUACCAGGAAAAGAUAAUAAAAAUGGGCCCAUCAUCCCCACCUUACUUUAUAUUAAUACAAAUUGCUCGUGGUUGGUCUUCAAAACUUUUCCGCACAU